CCCGCGCCUCCCGCGCCUCCCGCGCCUCCCGCGCCUCCCGCGCCUGCCUCGUCCUCUCAGCACUCGCAGCUGCUUUCGGGUUCCUAGGCGGAUCUGGUCCAGUGGUGGCCCACCCCCCGACCUGGACAGAGCCCGAGAGUGACCUAAGAAGGAACUACAAAUCCAGAAGAAGGGAGUGGGGCAACUCCUGCAAACUCUUUUUUCCUGAGGAUCCUAUUAAGAUUGUCCGAGGCCAAGGACAGUACAUGUACGAUGAAGAGGGAGCAGAAUACAUCGAUUGCAUCAACAAUGUGGCCCAUGUUGGACACUGCCACCCUCUUGUGGUCCAAGCAGCACAUGAACAGAACCAGGUGCUCAACACCAAUAGCCGUUACCUGCACGACAACAUCGUGGAUUAUGCACAAAGGCUAUCAGAGACCCUGCCGGAGAAGCUCUGUGUGUUUUAUUUCCUGAAUUCUGGGUCGGAAGCCAACGACCUGGCCCUGAGGCUGGCACGCCAGUACACAGGACACUGGGACGUGGUGGUAUUAGACCAUGCCUACCACGGUCACCUGAGCUCCCUGAUCGACAUCAGUCCCUACAAGUUCCGCGACCUGGAUGGCCAGAAGGAGUGGGUCCAUGUGGCCCCUCUCCCAGACACCUACCGGGGCCUCUACCGGGAAGACCACCCCAAUCCAGCUGUGGCCUACGCCAGCGAGGUGAAACGUGUGGUCAGCAGCGCACAGGAGAAGGGCAGGAAGAUUGCAGCGUUCUUUGCCGAGUCUCUGCCCAGUGUGGGAGGGCAGAUUGUUCCCCCGGCUGGCUUCUUCCCGGAGGUGGCAGAGCACAUCCACAAGGCCGGAGGGGUCUUUGUUGCAGAUGAGAUUCAAGUGGGCUUUGGCCGAGUGGGCAAGCACUUCUGGGCCUUCCAGCUGCAGGGGGAAGACUUUGUCCCCGACAUUGUCACCAUGGGCAAGUCCAUUGGCAAUGGCCACCCUGUGGCCUGCGUGGCCACAACCCAAGCUGUAGCAAGGGCAUUUGAAGCCACCGGCGUCGAGUACUUCAACACGUUUGGAGGCAGCCCAGUGUCCUGUGCUGUGGGGCUGGCUGUCCUGGACGUCUUGGAGAAGGAGCAGCUGCAGGCUCACGCCGCCUGUGUGGGCAGCUUUCUCAUGGAGCUCCUGAGGCAGCAGAAAGCCAAACAUCCCAUCCUCGGAGAUAUCAGGGGCGUUGGGCUCUUCAUUGGUGUGGAUCUGAUCAAAGAUGAGGCCACGAGGAUGCCAGCAACCGAAGAGGCUGACUACGUGGUGUCCAGAUUGAAGGAGAACUACAUUUUGUUGAGCACCGAUGGCCCCGGGAGGAAUGUCCUGAAGUUUAAGCCCCCAAUGUGCUUCAGCUUGGACAACGCACGACACGUGGUAGCAAAGCUGGACACCAUCCUGACAGAUAUGGAAGAAAAAGUGAGAAGUUGCAAGACACUGAGGCGUGUUCUCUAGGUAAGUCUCAGGCUUGCUUCUUGCUCCGAGAGACCAGGAACUGGGUUUCUUACCAUCCAUCACAGCCCCUUCAACAUUUUUUGCUCUAACUGACGUCCCAUUCCCACAGGUUAGUUUCAACACUGCAGCUCUGGCUGCCUUGGGUGCUCCACACCCCCUGAAAAACCUCCCAAGUACCCAUUUGUGAUGGCUGGGCCAAGAGUAGCUUAUUUCCUCCCUUAGCCAGUUCCUCUAGGGAAACAAAGCUUUUGCUAGGCUUAAUCCACCUGGAGCCCCAGCCUAGCACUGCCUCUUUCAACCUAGUCUUAGGCCUCAGCCACUAGACUUGGGGUGUCCCAAUCAAGCCAGCAAAUACCCCUGCCAGAGGGGGCACUGUCUUGCCCAGAUCCAGCUGGCCCUUGUGACUCUGCUCUUGUCUUUAGGUUCACACUGUCUUUGCUGGAAGAUGACAAGACAGGUAUUCCAAGGUGCUCCAGAUUCGUGCUGCCCUGGGGCAGUGUCCCCAACUGAGGGUGGUAACCCUUACUGUACCACCAUCACCUUUAACAGCUGCCUCCAACCUCUGAGCCACUUUCUUUAAAGGGGGCACAAGUCCUGGGCAGGGCCGAGUCAUUAAAAGAAACUAAGCAAGGAUGUGGACAGUAUGUGGUCAUGCCUGACAGGAUACUGGAACUCUGGACCACCUGUCUCCCUUCACAGUGUACCCCACACUCACCCAGGCUUGGGGGUUUUUAAUUUUUUAUUUCAAAAGCUUGGAUAGCUUCAAUAUCCAGGUUGUGGCAAAAUCAGGACACGUGUAAAAUACCUUACAAUACAUUAGAUUCCCGAAAGGUACCAAAAAGUACAGUAAAAUUAACACUUCCAUUACAGGAAAUGUAUGACAAAUAAUAUAAAAUUAAAAGGUGAAAAAAGGUGACACUGGUUUCCUAAGAUACAAUUUACUCUUUACAACCAGGGUCCACAGGUCCAGUCUGCAGAGUGGCAGCAGGAAGCAGACCCUCCAAUCUGGUUCUGGGUAACCCAGUAAUAAAAAAUCAGCCCAUAAUGCUGCUCUGGCCUCUUGAGACACCACACGCUGCCUAAAACAACUAGAGCUCUGGAAAUAUUAAACAGGAGAGUGAUUUCCAGGGGGGAAAUUUUAAA